AUGGCCAUGGAGGAUGCAGUGAUGGAAGAACCUGAGGACCCUGCGAGCUUCGCAGAUCUCUCGGUGAUCUUUGCCGUUUGUGCUGGAAAAGCUGGACGCUGUGGCAUUGCCUAUGUGGAUUUGGAAGAUGCAGAGCGGGUGCUAUGUGUGGCGGACGUGAUGGAUCCCGACUUUACUCAGUUGGAGCGUCUGAAGCAGCAGAUCCUGGGCCAGCGGCACUUGGGCGCCGUGUCGGCACCACGGCAGGGGCUGUGCGUGUUGCCCUCGCGGUCGCCGGCGGAGUUGGUGGAGACGGCGGCACGGCCCCUGACUCAGGAUGAUGAUGGGAACGAGCCCUUCCCCACUACCUUGCUGAAGGCUGGCGAUUUUGCUGUGGAAGGAGCAAAGCCGCGACUGGCGCAGCUGUGGGCAAAGCUUGACCAGGAUUUGCCAUGCACAACCCCUCGCAGCAGUCCGCUGGCAGCUUUGGAUGGAAAUGAGCAGUUGCUUCGUGCGGCUGGCGGUCUAUUGCGCUUCCUUGAGCAGAAUGCGACUCUGCUGGGGGAUUUGCAGGGCCGAUGGCAAGGGCCGUGUGUCCAGGACAUUCGCAUUUUCUCACCGGAUGAUGCUGUGUUUGUCGAUACCCAGACCAUGAUCGCGCUUCAGAUUUUCCAGGAGCAGCACAACCUGUUGAUGAGGGCCAGCAAUAGGCCUUCUGAAGGCCUCUCGUUGUGGAGCCUCCUGGAGCCCCUGGUGGCCUCCCCGUCGGGUGCCAAGCAGCUGAGACGUUGGUUGCAACAGCCCAGCACCUUGGAAGCCUUGGAACUUCAGAGAGUUCAGAGGACGCAGCCAGCAUUUGUUCCACCAGCUGUUGCGAGCAGAAGUCUAGGAACUGAGAGCCUUCCUCAGCUGCACGCAUCGGAAGAUCGGCGAAGGAUCUCUUCUGUGGCGCGUGAAUUUCAACGAAAGAUGAGCGACUUUGACCGAAAGAAAGCCAUGGAUAUGCGAACGCUCAGCAAGGACUUUGAGAAGAAGGUGGAGAUUGAGGCAGCGAAGCUUCGAGCGAGAACCAAGGACCAGUUGGAUUCCACGACCAAGCGGACCAUCAUGGAAAAUGAACAAAUGGUGGGCCGACAGCUGGAGGUUGUGGCAGUGCUUGAGAAGUUUGGGGCUUAUGGCAUUCGGCUGGUGAAGAAAUACACCAGUGUGGCCGUGGUGGCGGCAUUUCUGAUGCAAAAGGAGAAGAUCUCCCUGGGAAAGGCGAAAUCGCUGGGUUUCGGAGCUGAUUUCAUGGGAUUGUACCAGGAAUCAUGGGAUUUAACCGAGAAGCGUCCUGAGAUCGACUGUAGGACCAACUUUUUGGACCAGCUUCGGUCUCUGGAGGAGGAGCUUCAAGUGGUACCUGUAUGUCCCAUGACCCUGGAGGCGGCCGGCGCGCUCAAGAACGAGCUGUCUGAGGUCAAUCCUAAGGUGAUUAUGGAGAUUUCCUUCGAUGGGCAAUCCGUAGGGCGGAUCGAGUUCGAACUCUUCUGUGGCUGGGCUGAAAGGUUGAAUGACUUGAAGUUUGAAGGCUCAAGUGCAUCGAUAGCGAUGUGGACCGGCCACGGGAGUCGUGCUCGCCAACCAUGCUGGCGUAAACUGCAUGCGGCCUUCCAUGCGGGCGGGAAAUGCAUGCGGCCUACCGUGCUGGCGGUAAAUGCACGAGGACUAUCGAGCAGAAAGGCAACCUGGAUGUGGACGUUCUCGUUAAUCCUGCUGUUCCGUGUGUUCUUCUUCUCUCGCGUUUUCGUUUGUCUCGGUCGCGGAGUGGUAGCGUGCAGUGUCACUCUGCCGACCCAACGUUUGCCGAAGCGAUUUUGCGGGGGUGGCCCGCCACCAGAAGCGAAAGAGCUCGUAGCUGCAAUCUGCUUGUCGGUUCUGCAAGACGAAAAGCGCGUCACUGCAGUGCUGAACCAAUCUUGGGUGGACACCUGGCACGGCUGGGAAGAGUUAAAGGCGGAUGGGUCGGACACUGUUGCCAGGAACGUCGCAGAGCGUUUGCUGCAGAUCGCUGGAAGCCAAGCGCACACAACCGAAGAUGAAGGAUCGAGGCACGAAGACCGAGGCCACAGACCGCCUAGCAUGGAGUUGCAACGAGUUCAUCAGGCCUUGGACGGAUUUUUCCGGUCACGCGGCACUGGCAUCAACGUGAACACGCAAGACGCUCGCGACAUCAUGGAAGCUUGGGAUGAUGCGGAGAGAUGCUCGGUGAAACUGCAUAUGCUAUUGCAGGCGAACACAACGUACAUGGAUGCGGGCAUGCAUGCUGCGCGACGCUUGCUUGGGGAAUGGCGCGCGCACUACGCAACAUACACCCAAGGUCCCGGGCAAAGAUUAGGCGAGUCGAUGAGCGGAAAGGGCGGGAAGAAAGAAGUGGAACCGGCCGCAGAGGCGGAGGCUAUGGAGGUGGAGGAAGCUGUGGCAAGCAAUCGGCAGAAACUAUCGGAAACGGAGGUUACCGACAAGGAUGCAAGCAGCACCGGGAAGAAAGCAGCGGCCAAGAGGCCGCUGGCUGAAGGCCUGGGUUUGCCUCGGAAAAGGUUACGCGGAAAACAGCCGGUGCCCGAACAAGGUCUAGCAAGGAACGAUGUCAAAGGAGAUGAUGCAUUGGAUCACGGCCUUGCACUCGAUGAGUAUAUUUUGCGGACAUGGCACGCUACACACGGAAACCCUGACCCACGAGCCCAGGGUGACAUGGUGUUAGAGGCGUUGGGAAAACAGUUUCGGAAGAAACCCACGUUGCCCCAUUGGAUGGCUAUAGCAACACGAGAUGCGGCUUUCGAUUUGCCGGAUUACAUUUGUUCUUUCGAAGGGUGUAAUUUUGAGUCGGAGCUAGCGGAAGCGUUUGAAGAACAUGUUUGUCAAGAGCAUCGCCGGGCACUGGAACCUUUGGCAUCCAAACCAGCAACCAAGGGCGAUCGCAUACAAUGGAAACAAUUGGCGGGGAAGUCGCAUUUUCUUGGCCUGUCUUUGGAAGAAACAAAACGAUGGCUGAGUUUAGACACGUAUUGGAGCACCUAUGCCAUGCAAUACGGGAGAACAGUCCGAGAACGCUUGCGCGCCGAGUUGCAAGAUUGCGACGACGAUGGUGUGGACGAACCGUUUACACUGCGUCCGGCCGAUGUCGCGGCGGCGCUCCGCACGCAAUUCCCGGCUCAGAAAGCGAGCAGCUGCAAAGCCGCAAACGACGACCGGGCAAACCGCAUCGAAUCAGCAAUGAACACAGCAGAUGGACUUUGGCAGGCACCUGCGCUGCCUCACAGACGCCCUGAAGCAAGCACACGGUACUGUGCCUUGGAUCCGAAGGCAAUGCAACAAGCUGCCCGGAAACGAGUCGACGCACGAGCAGUUGCUUCACCCGUACCCAGUUGCGUGGCAGCGCGCCCCUGUCGGGCAUCUGUUGCGGAGGUGCGAACGUGGGCCGCUGCUUUGCCGCAUGCACCAUGCAACGCGGAGCAGCGAGCCUUCUGCGAGCUGGUCGCGGCACGCGUGGAAACAGAACUGGCGGCCAGCACCUCCACCGCAGGGUGUGGCCAUGUGGCGUCAGGCACCAAAGGCCUCGUCGUGGGUUGGUCCGAGAUUGCCAAUGAGACGCCUGCACCUGAAGGUUCCGUGCGCCCUGAGGCUGCCACCGCAAGCGCAGCCAGCCACGAGGAACCACGCCCACCAGAGACGGAUGUGACAGCAAAGAACGGCAAACAGAUCCGCCGGUACCAAUGCACAGAAACUCUGCCGGACGCACAUGCCGCCGGGAAAGCUGGAACGUGA